CCCCUCAGUCCUCACGUGAUCCGCCGGCGAAAAGCAAGCCGGGAUUCAGUUAAAAAGUCGAAAUUAAAAUAUUAAACAAGAAAAAGCUAUAAAUAUGGUGGUGCAAUUUUCCGUAUUCUGCUUCUAAUGCUUUUAACGUUCUAUCAAACACUUAGCGCACAUCACUUACCUCCAUUUCCGUGAUCCGAAGCUUUUCAGCUGAGCUGGUUUUGUAUGGAUUCACGAUUGCGAUGAGAUUUUGAGGUUGGGAUUGGAGAAAAAGCGAAAAUGAGUGAAGGGCAGAGGUUUCAGCUGGGGACCAUAGGGGCACUGAGUUUGUCGGUGGUGUCUUCUGUGUCCAUUGUUAUUUGCAAUAAGGCGCUUAUUAGCACCCUAGGUUUUACAUUUGCUACGACUUUGACAAGCUGGCAUCUUCUAGUUACAUUUUGUUCUCUCCAUGUGGCUAUAUGGAUGAGAUUGUUUGAGCACAAGCCUUUUGAUCCGAAAGCUGUUAUGGGCUUCGGAAUACUGAAUGGGUCCUCCAUUGGACUUCUUAAUCUGAGCCUGGGGUUUAAUUCUGUCGGUUUUUAUCAGAUGACAAAAUUAGCAAUCAUCCCCUGUACAGUUCUUUUGGAGACUCUUUUCUACCGAAAAAAGUUCAGUAGGAAUAUCCAGCUUGCACUUACCGUUCUUCUUUUUGGGGUUGGAAUUGCAACAGUAACUGAUUUGCAGCUCAAUCUCUUGGGUUCUGUUUUAUCUAUGUUUGCAAUUGUCACCACUUGUAUUGCACAGAUUAUGACGAAUACCAUCCAGAAGAAGUUCAAGGUUUCUUCAACCCAGCUCCUGUAUCAGUCUUGUCCUUAUCAAUCACUUACUUUGUUUAUAGUAGGACCAUUUUUGGAUGGGCUUUUGACAAAUCAGAAUGUGUUUGCUUUCAACUACACACCAAAAGUUCUGGCCUUUAUUGUUCUCUCCUGCCUUAUAUCUGUGUCCGUGAAUUUCAGUACUUUUUUGGUAAUUGGCAAGACUUCUCCAGUCACCUAUCAGGUCCUUGGACAUCUAAAAACAUGUCUUGUUUUGGCCUUUGGGUAUGUUCUUCUUCGUGACCCCUUCAGCUGGCGAAACAUUCUGGGCAUCGUCAUUGCUAUGCUUGGAAUGAUACUCUAUUCAUAUUGUUGCACCAUUGAGAGCCAGCAGAAGUCCAUAGAGGCUGCAUCCCAUCUCUCUCAGGUAAAGGAAAGUGAAUCUGAUCCUCUAAUAAAUGUUGAAAAAGGCACUGGCAAUUUAGCGGAUAGUAUUGUUGCUAAGGCUCCUGGCUGGAAUUCUAACAAGGAUCAGCACGUAUAAAAUUUCUAGCACUGUCUAUUGGCUAGCGGUUGAUCAGAGUAUAGAUAGAAGUUUUCAGCGAUGAAGAUGUCGCUGCAAAGUUUUCCAUACGUCACAGAAUGUGUUACAACUUACAGCAUUUGAAUAGAAUGUAGCUUUCUAUUUUGCAGUUGGUGGAUUUGAAGGAUAUGGAUAGCUGUCCUAAUGUAGCAGUUUCAUUAUUGAACCUUGUUAGACAUAUAUAUAGCAUAUAUUUUUUCCUAGUUGAGUAUUAUGUUCUUCAGAAACUCUCA